ACCACUGAAUGGCUGUUCAGAUCAGACAGUUCUGUCUUGUCUGUAGUGUUUCUGUAAUAUAGUUGUUUUCUCUAUCACAGUGUGCCUGUUAGACUAAAUACAUGAAACCGGAAUUGUCCCCCAUUAUAUUUCAUAGAUAAUAACAUUGGAUAUUUUAAUUAUAUAUUGACCUGCCGAACUGGAAAUGUCCCCGGUUUUCAUUUUAGAAAUCUGGUCACCUUAAUGUAUUCGUAUGAAUGUAUUUCAAGGCAACUGACAGACAGAGUAUAUGAAAGCACAGAGGCUAUCUCUCUUGCACAUCAAAGACACUUCAAUGACUUGAUGGUCAAGAGAGCAUGCAAAGCGCAUGUAACUAGGCUACAUCUACAGUAUUCAACAUGGUGAGAUGAGAUAUACAGAAACGCUUACAAUCUCCCUGACAUCUGCUCCCCGUAGAUCCCCUUUCCGAGUCKCCACAUUGGCAAUGAUUUUGUCAGUCUUCUCGCGGAUAUGUUCGUACAGACUACUGCGUAUCUCAUGUGUGGAGCGGCUGGGGGUAAAUACUUUCGUUCCCUGCCCCUGCCUUGUAAAGCGUUUUGAAACCGGUUUUAAGACGUUCUAUGUGCAAAGCCGGGUAACCAUGCCAAUGCAAGUCGCCAUGUUUCAAUGCGGAAGUAGGUUGGUAAAUAGAGGCGGAACUAAAUAAGACAACCAAUGAAAUGACGGGACCUGAAAAUUAUAUGAGCAAAAUCUGUAACAAAUGUAAUGUUUAGAAAGUAGAAAACAAAAUAUCGCUUAAAUUUGCUUUAGUUAUAAAAUAAGGCGCACAAAUSAGUCCAAAACAAAACGUCACAUCCGUGCACCGGUUCAAAGGCUAACCAAUGAGACUAGCGGAACUAUUGCAUUGCGGUAAUGCAGUUGGGACAGGGGGAAAAGUGAAUUGUGCGGCCGACAAUAGUCAGGCAGGUCCUGGGGCAAUACAACCAGUUUUUCAUAUUUUUAACAACUGUAAUGCGUUUGAGAUGUUUGUAUUUCUUGCCAUUUUUUACUGAUUCCCCGGAUAAGACAGAAAGGGGUGCUUUGGCGGAUGUUUUUUUAGAGAGCUGCAUUCAGCAGUUGCUAACUAACGUUAGCUAGCCGCCGCAAGGCGGUCUGUUGUUAUAGCCUGCAUGGUGGUUUUGAGAACCAUGAGCCGUGCUGCACCCCACAUUGGAGGCCGUACUCACCCAGACCAGGACAGGCGGAUCGGAGGGUGGGACACACGGAAUGCAACUGUCAGCUUUCCUUAUUGACUGACUACAGACAAUCGGGCUUAAAGGUGAAGCUACUAACUGUCUGGCCCCUGGUCACAUCCACACAAUCGGAGCCCAGGACAGGAGAACGAAGUAGGGUAGUCUCCCUUGAAUCAAGAUGAGUGCAGUCCGUGGAGGAACGAUCACCUGGCGGCCACAGCCCUGGCAGGACGGGGACGGUGGGGGCGGGGAGCCCCUCUCGGACAGCGACUCCGAAGAAGAGGACUUUCCCGACGACAGCACCACUCCUUUAGGAGACUACGUCACACAUGGGUUGAAGCAGCUACUGGAUGCUCAGCAGUUGUGUGACGUCACUCUGUUAGUGGAGGGGAAGAGGUUUAUGUGUCACAGAAUCCUCUUGGCAGCCGUCAGCCCGUAUUUCCGCGCCAUGUUCACUAGCCCGUUGGUGGAGUCCCGUCUCACUGAGAUCCGAUUGGAGGAGGUGACGCCGUCAGUCAUGGAGACUGUCAUCCAGUUCGUCUACACUGGGGAGGCAGGGCUCUGCUUGGACACGGCCGAAGACCUGUUUGUGGCGGCCAAUCGGCUUCAAGUGAUGCCCCUGCAGGAUCUGUGCUCCAGGUUCCUGUUUGAACACCUGUCUGUGGACAACUGCCUGGGCAUGUACUCUUUGGCCCGCUCCCACCACGACCAGCUGCUCCUGAGGGCCUCUCUGAGGCUGGUGGCCCAGCACUUCCCCCGCGUGGCCCGCCAAAAGGACUUCCUCCUGCUGGACCCAGGUACCCUGGGCAGCCUGCUGGGCUCUGACCGCCUGGGCGUAGACUCUGAGGCAGAGGUGUAUGACGCGGCUCGUCGCUGGGCCGAGCACCAGCCCCUGGACCGUUACAGCCACAUGCCGGCCCUGCUCCACCACCUCCGCCCCGGCUUGCUGUCCCUGGAGGAGAGCCGGCGGCUGAGCCAGGAGCUGGGCCCUGCGGCAGCCGGGGAGGGCCUGGGAGGCCCACUGAGGCCCCGGGAAGGCAUGUUCGAGAAGAAGAUCGUGUGUGUGGACCUGAAGCCGCGGGAUGACGAGUUGUUGAACGAGAGGGACUUCACUGUGGACUGCUUCGACCCACGUACAGGGAAAUGGGAGAAGCUGGCUGCCCUGGGCUCUCUGCUGUGCCCAGGUUGCACGGCCAUCGGGGGGCGGCUGUUCGUAGCGGGGGGCAUCCUGCGGGGGGGCACGGUGUCCACGGAGGUUCAUGAGUAUGACUCUGUGUUGGAUCGCUGGCAGGAGCGGUCGCCCAUGGUGCAGCCCCGAGCCAUGCUGGGUCUGCUGGGCUGUGGGGAGUCACUCUACGCCCUGGGGGGCUGCAACAGAGGAGCCAUGCUGGACUCCUGUGAGAUCAUGGACCUGGCCUCUCUCCAGUGGGGCCCCGGGCCCCGUCUGCCCCUGCCGCUGCGCUCCUUUGCCUGUGCCACCCUGCGCGGCCGCAUUUACCUUUUGGGCGGCACCACGCUGGAGCAGAACCGGGCUGUGGUGCACGCUGGCGUGCUAAUCUACCACACCCUGACUGACUCAUGGACCCGUGUGGGACUGGACUCUGGCGCCACCUGCCUGGCUGGAGGGGUGGCGGUGCGGGGAGGGGUCUGUGCCAUCGGAGGCUACAUGAGGGACGCCACAAAGUUUAUAGAUGGAAACUAUACACAUCUGGAACCUCUCGACGCCACGGGGCGGGUGCUGUUCUUCAGGGAGGGCCGGGGCUCAGGAGUGGAGCGGGAGGUGACGGGGGCGGUGGUGGCAGAGAGGAGCGGGGGGAGCGACCGAGCCCCUAGUCCGGUGGUUUUCCCAGGGCUGCCGAGGCGGAUCGCUGCCGGGGGCGUGGCCAGGUGGAAACGCAGGAUAUACGUGCUGGGCGGGGAGAACGGCUCCCGUUUCUAUGACAGUGUGUACUGUUGGAAGCCUGGCUGGCGCAGCUGGGUCCAGAGACGGGAGAAACUACCCGGAGACACGGGGGGAGUCAGCCAGUUCGGCUGUACCACCCUCAAGUUCCCCAAGAAACACAUCCUGUCCCGACUGAGACUGGCUCGGGAGGACCGCAAUCCUGAUGAUGACUAGCCACAGCCGGACUAAUGAGCUGUGGCUAAGACCAGCAUUCAUGGGGUUUCGAUAAUGAAAUUAAAUGUAAUUCACUUUUAACACUUGAGACAGUGGGGGGAAGGGACUCACAUCUGAAUGUAACCACCGUAUGCCACAAAAACGCUCAAGUCCUUCUCAAAAAUGAUUUGAAUGUAUUUAAAUGGUUUGAAACUUGUCUGCCUGUUGAACACACAUCCUCAGCCUUUGCCAAUUUAUAGGCCUAUGCAGCCGUUAAAUUCCUAUGUUGUGAAUGACUGGCUGUGAAUGUUUGGCAGGGCUUACAUUUGUUUAUUGAAAUUUGAUGAKGCGUUUUCAUUUUUUAUUUCUGCCUUUUCUAUAACUUUCUGAAAUUCACCAAAGGAUCCCACUUUCAUGUAACUUUAAUCUUUCACUAUCCAGUGAUUCCAGGGCCAUGUUUAUUAGGCACCAAACAGAAGAAAAUUAGCUGAAACGGGGAAGGACCACCUACCUGGACUUGUCCAAUAACCUAUACAUUCAUUUUUGGUUUGCAUUGCAACAUUUCUGAUUGAGAGGGGGUCAAAUACUUGUUUCCCUCAUUAAAAUGCAAAUCAAUUUAUAACAUU